GAGGAGCAGCACAGAGCUUGCUUACGCUGCUAGUCGAGUAGAGUUCGCUCCUUAGAAUAGCAAACGAGAAAAAUGGCGAACUCGACCGCCAACAAAACGAAAGCUUCAUCGGGAACUGAGCGGAAUAAUACUCGUUCCUCGCAUCGGAGACCUAGAAAUAGAACGAACCCCAAAAAAGGUGCGAAAAAUGAUGAAAAGAGCGUCAAGUUGAAGCCAGAAGGCGAGUCUGACGACACGGAUGCUGAAGAUUCCUCUGAAAAGAAGGUUUCAAAAGUUACUCCGGUGGAAGAGGAAGAUGAUGAAGACGGAGAGUUUUGUUUCAUUUGUGCACAAAAUGUCACUUACAUGUGCAUUAUGCCAUGCAAUCAUCAACUGUGUCAUGUUUGUGCUCUUCGGUUGCGUGCGUUGUACAAAACGAAUAACUGUACCUUCUGUAAGACAGCAUGGGACCAAGUACUUUUUGUCAACCUCCCUGUAAAGGAGACGUACAAUGAGUACGAUCUUAAGUCUAUGCCGUCUGUGAACAAAAAGUACGGUAUCGUUUACGAGACGGAGCAGAUUAAGGCCGACUCGGAAAUGCUUCUCCAAUACAACUGUCCAGACCCAGACUGUGAUACUGUGUGCACGGGUUGGUUUGAUCUCAAAUUGCAUUGUAAAACUCAACAUCACAAAUUGCUGUGUGACCUUUGCACUCGUAACAAAAAGGUCUUUACACACGAACAUACAUUAUUCUCGAAGAACGCCCUUACGAAACACCAUGAAGUUGGUGAUAAGGGAAAGGAGCUUGAGGUCACGGGUUUCAAGGGACAUCCGAAGUGUGAGUUUUGUAAGGCCUUCUUUUAUGACGAAGACGAACUUUUCAAACAUUGUCGUGAGAAGCAUGAAAAGUGUCAUGUAUGUGACCAGUUAGCCGGUCGUCCUGUGCACCAGUAUUUCCGCAACUACGAGUCAUUGGAAAAACAUUUUGAAAAGGACCAUUUUGUUUGUCGUGAAAAGGUCUGUUUGGAGAGAAAGUUUGUUGUUUUUGGUACGGAUAUUGAUUUGAAGGCGCAUCAGUUGGAAGAACAUCCACAAUCACUUACGUCCCGUGAAAUGCGAGAGGUUCGUCGUAUUGUUCCCGAGUUCUCUUACGAUGUUCCCGGUUCUACAAAUCGCCGUUCGCGAAACCAGAAUCAAUCUUCUUCCACGCAACCGAUUUCGAGUACGGAGGCAAUCGCUGAAUCACUUUCAAAUGUGCACCUUAGUCGUGAAGAGAUGGCUCGUCUUCGUCAAGAAGAGUACAUGCGCGAACAACAAGCUCGUAAUCAAAGCUUUGGCUUUGGUUUAACAAGUGCUCCAACUCCACGCUCAACUGCCAGGGUUGUUGCAUCCUCGGGAAACCGUAGAAACAACGCUCUUCGUUCUGAAGAUUUCCCUUCUCUCGAUAGUCUGAAUCAACGGAAUCAGCGUUCUGGAGCGUCAACGCCUUCGGCAACCGCCUCUCAUGCACAUUCGCCGGUUUUGUCUCGCAUGGCGAGUCCUUCGCCUAUGGCAAUGGAUGUAAAGGCCCAACACCAGCAAAUCAUUGAUCGUAUUCUUCGUCUGACAAACAACAACGAGAACGCUUUGAGCGAGUUUAAAUUUGCCGUCUCCUCUUACCGCGGAGAUGUAAUGAGUGCGGAAGAAAUGCUCAACCGUAUUGGAAAACUCGUUCCUCAAGCAGCGGAGCACCUGUCACCCGUCAUUAAUCAGCUUUCUUCACUUUUUGAGAACGAAGAGAAAGGUUCCGAACUUAUUCGCGCUUGGAACAAUUGGCGCGCUAAACACGGUAUAAAAGCGACAAAUCAGUUGACAAAUACUACCAUUUUGCGCAUGAAACAAGGUGGGCGUAACACGCUGCGCACUGCUAGUGUUUGGAACCGCAUUGAAAAAGCUGCUAGCAAAUCGCCCGUAGCCUUAUCGCGACCCAGUUCCAGCGCGACGUUGGCCAAAAUUAUUCCUUCGGCGAGCGCGGGCAGCAAUAGGCGCCCAGUCGCUGCACCUCGUACUUCUUGGGGAGUUCGUGCAGCGAAUCCCUCAACGCUGAGAUCCACUUCAGAGGCAGACUUUCCAUCACUGCCACCUGCGACACAAAAGCGUAUACCAAUUGCACUCGGCAAAAAGGCACCUCGCUCAGAAACAUUUAAUUCGUGGAGUCCAGGAGGAAAGAAGCCCGCAGCUUCAUCAUCGUCUUCAGCCAAAGUCGUGAAAAAAAAUAAGAAAAAGCAGACUGUGCUCUUCCACUUAGGAUAAGCCGAUCCGCUCACUUAUGAACCCUUUUGCCAUAUCUUGUCCCCCAAUCUGCCAUAAGCCCUCGUUAACCAGUACUCCAUUGAAACAAAAAGGAUAAUUAGAGGAUUAGUAAUCCAAACAUGCGUUUCGCAAUAACCGCAUUCAACAAAUAAAUAAAAACCAUUGAACUCACAAUUUGCCUUGACCCUCGUGCGCACAUACUUUUUAGCCUGUAGACCCCG